AUGCUGGUGAGAUCGCUGCUGGCGGGGAUUAUCCUGUUGGGGGGCGCCCUGGGGUGUGGCCCGGGCCGGGGCGGCGGCCGCAGGCGCAGUCCCCGCAAACUGACGCCCUUGGUCUUCAAGCAACACAUUCCCAACUUACCGGAGUUUACGAUGUCUGCGGCCGGAUCGCCGGAAGGACCACUGAGUCGAAACGAUCCGAAAUUCAAACAGUUGGUCCCCAAUUACAACGCAGAUAUUAUCUUUCGUGAUGAGGAAGGUUCUGGAUCUGAUCGCCUGAUGACCAAAAGGUGCCUUGAAAAACUCAAUAUGCUGUCCAUUAGCGUAAUGAAUCAAUGGCCAGGUUUGAGGUUACGCGUAACGGAAAGUUACGACGAAGAAUUUCACCACUCAACGACGAGCUUACAUUACGAAGGUCGAGCUGUUGACAUCACGACGAGUGAUCGAGAUAGAUCGAAAUACGGGCUACUGGCUCGCCUGGCCAUCGAAGCUGGCUUCGAUUAUGUAUCUUAUGCUUCUAGAAGCCACAUUCACGCAAGUGUUAAGUCAGAAUCAGCAUAUGCAUCUAGGUCAGGGGGUUGCUUUAGUGCAGACUCCAUAGUGCAAACCCCUCAAGGUUCCCGAAAUAUGUCUGAACUGUCCAUCGGUGAUGAAGUACUGGUGGUAAAUGGUGAUAUUGUGCAAUUUAGUCCAAUUAUUAUGUUCCUUGACAGAGACCCGAGUGAGAUACGACUUUACGUCAAAAUCAAGACACAGAGCUCAGAAAUAACAAUGACUCCGAGCCAUCUGCUCUUUAUAGCCAAUGAUUCACGGGGAAACGCUCCUGCCGGAUCGAAGUUUCAGCAAGGCUUUCAUCACGUGAUUUUCGCUGAGGAAGUACAGCCUGGAGACUUUGUAUAUGUGAGCUUGAACUCUUCCAAAGAGCUUGUCCUUGAGCAAGUGCUCGAAGUAACAAAGACAAUUGAGCAAGGUGUCUAUGCACCGUUGACACACGUUGGGAACUUAUUGGUCAACAAUGUAGUUGCUUCUUGUUACGCCAUCCUGAAGCAACAGUCCUUAGCUCACCUGGGGUUUGUGCCAUACAGAGUAAUGCAUAACUUUUACAACGCUGCCACACAUUUGCUACAAAAAAUUGACGUGGCACCACUUCGUGCUCCAAAAAGCAGCUAUAGGACUCGACAGCAAUCAAUAGGCAUCCACUGGUAUGCUGACUUGUUGUAUAAAAUGUUUUCAUCGUUGUUACCAGAAGAGCUUCUUUACCCAAUAGCAUUUGACUAG